AUGGCUGCUGUUAUUAAUCCUCGCCCAAGUUCUUCUAUACCGAGCAGUUUAGGUGAAGGGAACCCAGUUUUACUACAUAAGGUUGAUGGGCCCGUUGGCCGUGUUAAUGCUGUAUUCCUUUUGUCAAAAGAGGAAGGAGUCAUAACUAUCAGCGACGAUCGUUCCGUCAAAAUUCUUUUAAAACGUGAUAACGGACAAUUUUGGCCCUCGAUUCAUCAUUUCAUGCCUUUUGCUCCAACUGCUUUGUUUUUUUCUGAAGACACUAUGAAAAUGAUCAUUGGUUUGGUUAAUGGAGCAGUGUAUGAAUAUUCCGUAGCUGAUGAUAUGAACAGUAUCUCAGAAAUAAGGCAUUAUAAUUUCCACACAAGCUGCGUCACUGCAGUUCAUUAUGCGAAGGAAGCGGAGCUUAUCCUCAGCUGUAGUAAGGACAAAUCGGUUAUGUGGCUUUCAUCGAAAACUUCUAAUAGGCUCGGAACUUACUCUUGUGAUGCUUCGUUAAAUGCUAUGCAGUUCGAUGUUCCAUCAAAAUUCGUUUUUUUGGGGGACUCUAAAGGUGAUUUGAUUUUAUUGAAAUUGAACGGGUCGGAAGCACAGUUGAUAAGCAAGUUAUCUGCUCACACAGGGUCCAUUGUAUCUCUCGCGUGGGAUUCUUCGAGACAAAAGCUGUUUUCAGCAUCUACCGAUCAUUUGAUCAUAAUGUGGGACAUAGGUGGUAAACAAGGAAAAGCAUAUGAAUUAAACGCCCAUGAAACUAAGCUUAGCUGUCUUUCUUACGCGGUGACUUCAAACCGUCUGUUUUCGGCGGACGAGAAUGGAAGGUUUGUCUGUUGGGAUAUGAAUGCAUCAAGAAUUGAAACACCGGAGUGGAAGAAUAAAGACAGUUGCCAAUUGUGCGAUUCUCCGUUCUUCUGGAAUUUCCGUGCUAUGUGGGACAGGAAGGUUGUUGGAUGGCGACAGCACCAUUGCAGAACAUGUGGUAAUGCAGUCUGUAGCAAUUGCUGUCAGUAUACAACAAGGUUCCCUCCAAUGGGUUACGAGUUACCCGUUCGUAUAUGUAACGAAUGUCACUGUAAAAUGGAAGAACAUCCCGAAAAUUUCAAAUUAACUCCAUUAGCUCUCAUUAGUGAACUGCGGAAAGGAGUCACUAGCAUGCAUUUACAAGAAGGUCUUGGUCGAAUGGUAACCGUGGGGUUCGAUAGGAUGGUUAUGAUAUAUGAUGUCAAACAACUUUUGUGA